AUGUGUAUAAUCGGGUUAUUUAUAUUCAACUAUUUAUUUGCUAGUCUGAUUUCCAGGAAACUUGCUAUUUUACCCGGUAGUGAAAUUUUUGAUAACUGGAAAUCACCAAGUGUCCCUGUGUAUUUUUCCAUAUAUCUGUAUAAUUUGACUAAUCCUCAAGAAGUUCUAAGUGGUGGUCGACCAAGAUUUACUGAAGUUGGCCCUUACGUUUAUCGCGAGGAUCGUCAACGUAACAAUGUAGAAUUUUCUGGAGAAUCUCCUCCGAAAACUGUAAAAUAUCAACACAGAAUUUUCUACUACUUUCAACCUGACCUCUCUGUCGGCCCUGAUGAUCAGGGAAUCGUUACAAGUCUUGAUCUGGUAACAGUAGCCAUAAAUAAUCUUCCGGGAUACUACAAAAUGAUAUUUUUUUUAUACACGUUCAACGCAUUCAUUUCAAAGACACCUCGUGAAAUCAUCUGGGGUUACCAAGAUCCACUGAUGUCUGUUUGUCUAACUUCUAAAGUUUGUGACACAGAUCGUGCUGGCUUAAUGGCUAUGAACAAUGGUACAAAAGUUGCUGAUUUCGUGAUUGAUACCGGUGCUUACAAUAUUUCAAACGUCGGGAAAGUGCUACAAUACAAUGGAGUAACAUCUUUGAACUAUUGGCGUACGGAUUACGCUAAUAUGAUAAAUGGCACAGAUGGGAGUGUUAUACGGCCAGGAUUACAAAUGUCUUCUCGAAUAUCCUUUUUUGUGCCAGAUUUCUGCAGAUCCUUUCAUUCAGAUGCUGUGGGUUGGGCGACUGCAACUCAUGACAGUAGUGUACAUCUACUUAGAUUUGCGUCCCAUCCCGAACAAUCACAGAACGCCACUGUUAAUCCGCUGAAUGCUGCAUUCUGUCCGAAGAAGAAGGCCGGCCCAGACUGUCCUCCAACAGGAAUGAUACCUUUGUCACCUUGCUCGAACCCUAAGAUUUCGGUCCCUAUAUUUGCUUGCCAGCCACAUUUCUUGGGAGCUGAUCCAAGUAUUCGGGCAGCUAUGGAUGGGAUAAGAAAACCUGAUGAAAAGCUUGAUUCUACUGUAUUACUUAUUGAGCCUAAUACUGGAUUUGUAUUGGAAGCUUUUAAAAAGGUUCAGAUUAAUGCAUACAUUGAAAACGAUGGCGGUUUGAAUGAAGUAUACCAAGAUAUGGCAGGACCAUAUUUCUUCCCCUUAGCUUGGUUCACCGAGUUUGCAGUGGCUGACAAAAAGGCGUUAAGUAAAAUAUCAAACUAUAUUCUUAAGCCUAAGAAAAUAAUACCUAUUGUUUUAUCAACUGUCGGUUCACUUGCACUUAUAUCAGCCGUCAUUUUGAUAGCAGUUCUAUUAAAGCGUUAUAAAUUAACAAAAACUGAUAGUGCUUCUAUUCACGGUCAAGCUGAAUCUACAUUCAUGCCAACAGAUUCUGGGUUAUGUAAUAAAACAGAUGAAAGCCCAUUUGAUCAAUGGACUGUUAAACCUUCACCAGAACACGAAUCUUUUCAGGUUAUCGAAUCAAAACCUUUGCUCAAACCUAGUGAUACAGGUGGAAAAACAGUUGUCUGA